AAGUAAAAUGUGUAUAUCAACUUCCGGUGUCAAGGGGGGCCUGGGAGACGAAACGCAAAAAGCGGGCAUACCGAACAUAUCCCGUAUUUUCUCCUUGUAUACAUUUAAUUGAAAAACAUAUAUUGGGACGAUGCCAAACAUCGUUGCAACAUCAACAGGACGAACAGCAUAACAUUGGAUGUGCAAUUGUACCAGCAUAUCCUUAUUCACUCGACUUGCUAGUUAGCAUUAGCUCGCUACCACGACUCCUUCAAGAACAGGCCCCAGCCUGGACUUUGCUUUAUCUAACUAGCACAUGAUAACACGUUUUCUUCGUCAAUGUUAUUUUCAGUUCUUAGUGUAAACUAGAACCACAUCUUUAACUCACCUGGAGUUGUUUAUUUUUAUAUUUCUAAACCGUUGCAUUAGUGGUGUGUAUUUAGUUAGCGUUUUACCAAGUGUGUUGUGCACUUUUUUUCGCAAGCUAGCGACCGCUCAGCAUUCCCGUCCAUUUUACAGCCACAACUAACUACCUAGCUAGGGCUAGCAAAUAAGAAACGGCCAUGUCGGAUUUCGACGAAUUCGAGAGACAACUGUCUGAAAACAAACAAGCUCAGUUGGUAGAGCAUGGCGCUUGCAACGCCAGGAUAGUGCGCUCGAUUCCCGGGAACACCCCGGAGAAGGACAAGGAGAACCGCCACCACCGUCGCUCCCCCUCUCGCAGCCGGAGCAGAGAGAGGAAGAGGAGGAGCAGAGACAAGGACAGACGCAGCAGGGAUCGCCGUGGAGACAGCAAGGAGCGCAGACCGAGACGCAGCUCACCAUCCCAACAACAACCCCAAGAGAUUGCUGUAAGUCGUUCCCCGCACCGUGAAACGAAGAAGAAGAACAAAGUGAAGAAGUACUGGGACGUCCCUCCUCCUGGCUUUGAACACAUCAGUGUGAUGCAGUACAAAGCCAUGCAGGCUGCGGGUCAGAUCCCAGCCACGGCCCUGCUGCCCACCAUGACCCCAGACGGCCUGGCCGUGACCCCCACUCCUGUCCCUGUGGUGGGAAGCCAGAUGACCAGACAGGCCCGUCGGCUUUAUGUGGGGAACAUCCCCUUCGGCAUCACAGAGGAGUCCAUGAUGGAUUUCUUCAAUGCUCAGAUGCGUCUGGGCGGUCUCACUCAGGCUCCAGGAAACCCCGUCCUCGCUGUUCAGAUCAACCAGGACAAGAACUUUGCCUUCCUCGAGUUCCGCUCAGUGGAUGAGACAACCCAGGCCAUGGCGUUCGAUGGCAUCAUCUUCCAGGGACAGAGUCUGAAGAUCCGCCGUCCCCAUGACUACCAGCCUCUGCCCGGCAUGAGCGAGAACCCCAGCGUCUACGUGCCUGGCGUGGUGUCCACAGUGGUGCCUGACUCGGCCCACAAGCUGUUCAUCGGGGGCCUGCCCAACUACCUGAAUGAUGACCAGGUGAAGGAGCUCCUGACAUCGUUUGGGCCUCUCAAGGCCUUUAACUUGGUCAAGGAUAGUGCCACAGGUUUGUCUAAGGGUUAUGCGUUCUGUGAGUAUGUAGAUGUCAACCUGAACGACCAGAUCACCAUGGAGAAUCAGGCCAUAGCAGGACUCAACGGCAUGCAGCUGGGAGAUAAAAAGCUCCUGGUGCAGAGAGCCAGCGUGGGAUCCAAGAACGCCACUCUGACAAGUAUAAACCAGACCCCGGUGACGCUGCAGGUGCCGGGCCUGAUGAACAGCUCAAUGACCCAGAUGGCCGGCCUGCCCACUGAGGUGCUGUGUCUGAUGAAUAUGGUGGCUGUGGAGGAGCUGGUGGAUGAAGAGGAAUACGAGGAGAUCGUGGAGGAUGUGAGGGACGAGUGCAGCAAGUACGGCCAGGUCAAGAGCAUCGAGAUCCCCAGACCUGUGGAUGGGCUGGAGGUCCCUGGCACUGGCAAGAUCUUUGUGGAGUUCAUGUCAGUGUUUGACUCCCAGAAGGCCAUGCAGGGUCUGACGGGCAGGAAGUUUGCCAACCGGGUGGUGGUGACCAAAUACUGCGACCCUGAUGCCUACCACCGCCGAGACUUCUGGUAGAGGAUGGCGACAGACGAGGAUAGUGAGGGGGGUGGAUUGCCAUAUUUCAAAUCGACCCCUAACCCCCCACCAUCUAGGCACUUGUUUUGACCUGAAAAGGUGUGAGCGACAUAAUGUUUCACCUAGUCCAUCAGAAGGCCAGGUAGAGUUCAGAGAAGUACCCAGGGGUAGGGGCUGGGGAUCCAUUUGGUAUUGGGCAAAAGAGAAGGGAGAGAUGAAGGGUUUGUAUUCUGAUGAAAACCAAGAGGGUCAUGGGAGGGAGGGAGGGGUGGGGGGGAUUGAAAGAUUUUUGUGAAUUGUGUGUAGUAACAGGUCAGGGGUAAAUGAUUUUUAUACUUUGAGAAAGAGAUGGGUCAUUCUGGUGGGGGGGGGGGUCUUGCCACACCUUAUGGUUUGUAUUUAAAUGGAGGGAGCCUGUUUUAAGUACUUUAGGAAGGUGUGGAGAGGGAAGUGGACUGGUCUACUCUAUAAGAGUGGUGGAUAGAUGGAUGGACAGAGGAGUAUUCAUCAUUUCAUAGGGGGAGAGGGAGGUGGUGACAGUUUUUAUUUGACCCACCAAUGUAGAUAACAUGAUCAGAUUAUUGUUGUGGGAAGGAAAGCUGGAAAGCUAUUGACAGGAUCAGAUGGAAAGCUAUUGACAGGAUCAGAUGGAAAGCUAUUGACAGGAUCGGAUGGAAAGCUAUUGACAGGAUCGGAUGGAAAGCUAUUGACAGGAUCGGAUGGAAAGCUAUUGACAGGAUCGGAUGGAAAGCUAUUGACAGGAUAGGAUGGAAAGCUAUUGACAGGAUAGGAUGGAAAGCUAUUGACAGGAUAGGAUGGAAAGCUAUUGACAGGAUAGGAUGGAAAGCUAUUGACAGGAUAGGAUGGAAAGAUAUUGACAGGAAUGGCCUCGUUUUGUGAUUUUCCUUUCUUCUCAGAUUUGGACCUUUACAUUUCCUCUUUUCUUUUCUUCCAUGUACAUCAGACUAAGCCCCUCCCUCACCCUGUGUGUGUAGCGAGAGCGGGAGAGGCUGUAACUAUACAUAACCAACUCCAAUGUCAUAUUGGACUCAUUUAUCUGAAUGUCAGCUGUUGUGUAUACUGUCACACCUUGCAUUGUCACCAGGGCCAGAGUUUGAGUACCAUACAUUUUUAUUACUGCCUGUGUCUCUUUGAAGGUUGUUUCUUUUUAGAUUGAAACCUUUCAUCUAGUGUGAAUUUAUCCAUCGCCAUUUUUAGCAGGCAAAAUAAUUCUGUCCCUACACCCUUACCCUUAAGAGAGACUGGGAGAGGGGAAAGGCAGGCUUUUGAAGUUCUGAAUUGUUAUUUUUGAGUUGUGAGUGGUAAAUAUUGGAUUGGUGUUGAGUAGGGCUUGAUCUGGUUCUGAUUAAAAGCCUCAAUGUUAUUUUUCAUGUCACAUUCGAGAGUAAAAUAUGCGGAGUACUCAUUCAUGUCUGCUUAGCAAGUUUGUCAAUACAUGGAGUCAUUUCAUGCUUUGGUCUUUUCAGGUAAUGAUUUGAGAUUGUAGUCAAUAUUCAAGUUACUAUUGUAUUGCUUUGUCUGGAAUGAGUUUCUUUUGUUUUGCUUCCUGUUUCAAACCUACCUAGAAUAGAAUAUCGGACCGCUCAUACAGAAAGCUCUCUUUGGCCCAGUUAGUGUUUGUGUAACUUCUCACCUCAGCAGACAAAAUAAAGGUAUAAAGACUAAUACCAAUGUUUCCUGUUCUACUGCCCACAAAUAAAAUGCACUAUUUACUUUGACCAAGUUAUCAGGCUUUUAGUAACCAUAAAAGUCAGGUAGUAUUGUGUGAUUGUAUACCUCUUCUGUUAAGUAAUGGGUUUGUUGUCACAGAGGGUGAGAUGGAGAUAAAAAAAAAAGAAUCUCUUUAAUAACUGAAGGGGAGUGCAGUCUUUUGGACAGGUUCUAUUGGAAUGUUCAACAAAAUGUUCAUACUCAUCAAAAGGUUGUCCCUUCAACUGUAUAUAUGGUCUCACUUCUUCCUCAUCUCCCUCAACCUUUUGUCAUUACGACUUCAAGGACCACUGGUUACACUAUGGGGUUGAGGGAGUUCCCAUGAUGCUUUGUGUUCAGACCUAGAGUUGGGCAAUACCAGUGAAAUGUGACUUCCUCCCUUUCUAAAAUUUACUUUUUAAAUGUUACCAUGUCGUUUUAAUUUAAUCUUUUUGGGGGGAAAAUGUGAAUUAAUGGAAUAAAAAAUGGCUAAAACCACAUGUAGUUUA